CCUGCAGUCAACAUGGCGAAUUUCAGAUGGAAAAAGAGUGCGGAAGCCUUGGAAAAAGAGAUCGAACAGGACAAAAAGCUGAUCGAUUCGGUUAAAGCCGGUGAUGAAUCAUCCGUCACGGAUCUACUGAGUGAGGGUGCAUCGCCGGAUGCCACGGAAUACAACAGGAGCUUGUUCUAUGCAUCAAAGAAUUAUCUAACCCCUCUUCAGUUAGCUGUAAAGUUGAACUUCCCGAAAGUUGUUGCAACUUUAAUUGAUCACUGUGCGGAUGUCAAUGCCAAAGAUCGCUUUGAUGUGACGGCAGUGCACAUGGCUGCUGAAAAAGGGCACCUGGAAUGUCUCCAACAUUUACUUGAGGGUGGUGCAGAUUGCAACGUCAGCACAAAAUACUCAAAAUACGGAUCCUAUACUGCCACACCUCAUCCUGGCGGAACGACCGCCCUCCACCUCGCCGCCACCAAUAACCAUGUCAAGUGUACAGUAGAACUCAUCUGGUACGGUGCAGACUACAAUGCAGUGGACGAGUACGGCCGCACCAGUUUGUACAUCGCUGCUCAGCACGGCUUCACAGAGUGUGUGCAUCAACAUCUCAACAAUGCAAUACGCAUGGACAUCCUAUCAAUACCAGUCAAAGACACAAAUGAAACGCCCCUUCAUGAGUGUGUUCGCCAUGGCUUGUCUUCGUGUGUAUCCUCUCUCCUGGAACAUGGCUCAGAUGUCAACCAUCGCAACGAUGCAGGGAUGAGUGCCCUCCAUCUUGCAGUUGUCUCAGGGGAAAAAUACUCCAAAAGAAUUCUCCGCGACCUGACAACUAAGGGAUAUAACACAGAUGUGAACCUCACAGACAAGCAAGGAAGCAGUCCCCUCCAUUAUGUGUGUUUCAACGACCACUCCAAUCAGGAGCGCCGACCAGAUGCAGCAGCGUUCCUCAUCGCCUAUGGUGCAGACUUCAACAUCAAGAAUAAAGCUGGCGACAACCUCCUGCAGCAAGAACUUCGAAACCAGAAGGCAGAACGAGCGAUUCUGGAGUCAAUAGUGAACUGUUCCCUGAAACUGCCAAGUCUUGAACUUCUGUGCCCCACGAUGUGUGCCAGCAACCCAUCUCAACAGGGAUAUAACAGGAACGAAAACGCAUCCCCGUCAGGAAUGUCCAAAUAUGAAUGGUACCGUUCAUUUUGUCGUGAUCCGAGAACACUUCAACACUGUUGUCGAUAUGUGAUACGACAGACACUUGGGGGUCAAAGGUUACGGAAAGUUCCAACACUGCCUUUACCGACAACGCUGAAAGAGUACCUCUUGCUAGAUGUCGAGACCUUCUCAUGAAGGUGUGUGAAUCGCCGGAAGGUGAAUGGAGAAACAGUUGGAUGGACAGUGAACUCAAGGAUGAUUUCCAAUUUGGUGACUGAAAAACAGUUUUGUUUAGCCUUAGCACGGUCCAAUAUAAACUUAGACCAGUUAUGAUUGUGGGUGGACUUGUGGCCAUGGUGCCGAUUGCAAGCUCUAGUCUGGUUGCUAUACCUUAGGUUAUAGAUAUGUGAUGACCUAGGGCACUUGGUACAGUAGAUCAUGAAAUUUAUUAACAAUGAUUGGCCUAAUUGUAUACGAGUAGCCCUACCCUUUUACAAAUGACAAUACCAAACUGAAAACACUGGUAUAAUGUGAGGUAUUGGCAGCUGAUUGAAUAAUCAUAUUACUAUGAGGGUGAUCUGAGUUUUACCUGUAAUUAUUAUAGAUUAUUUGACUGGAUACCAAGAAAACGGCCGCUGUCAUACAUACCUGGUAGCUGUCAUACAUACCUGGUAGCUGUCAUACAUACCUGGUUGCUGUUAUACAUACCUGGUAUACCUAGUAGCUGUCAUACAUACCUGGUAGCUGUCAUACAUACCUCGUAGCUGUCAUACAUACCUGGUAUACCUGGUAGCUGUCAUACAUAUCUGGUAGCUGUCAUACAUACCUGGUAACUGUCAUACAUACCUGGUAGCUGUCAUACAUACCUUGUAUAACUGGUAGCUUUCAUACAUACCUGGUAGCUGUCAUACAUACCUGGUAACUGUCAUACAUACCUGGUAGCUGUCAUACAUGCCUGGUAGCUGUCAUACAUACCUGGUAGCUGUCAUACAUACCUGGUAGCUGUCAUACAUACCUGGUAGCUGUCAUACAUACCUGGUAUACCUGGUAACUGUCAUACAUACCUGGUAGCUGUCAUACAUACCUGGUAUACCUGGUAACUGUCAUACAUACCUGGUAGCUGUCAUACAUACCUGGUAGCUGUCAUACAUACCUGGUAGCUGUCAUACAUACCUUGUAUAACUGGUAGCUUUCAUACAUACCUGGUAGCUGUCAUACAUACCUGGUAACUGUCAUACAUACCUGGUAGCUGUCAUACAUACCUGGUAUACCUGGUAACUCUCAUACAUACCUGGUAGCUGUCAUACAUACCUGGUAGCUGUCAUACAUACCUGGUAGCUGUCAUACAUACCUGGUAGCUGUCAUUACUGCUUGAUCAACUUGUGCAAACAGUGACCAGACCUGCAUGGUACCAGGGAAAGGCAUGAAAGGUAUACAUUAGUGUUGACUGGGUGCUUUGUUGUUAUACAAGUUGUAUCCAGUACCUUCACUGAACCGGGCCUGACAAUUAACUGUUAUGUCAAGAGGACAAUACACAACUUCAUUAAUGCAAGCAAGGGAAAGUAUUGUAUUAAUGUCAUACUUGCACUAGUUUCAUGAUGUACACAUGGUCAGUUUCAAAUGCGCACAGGCUUCAUUCCACAAGCUGCGUCAACUGUUGCAGCUACCAUACAUAGGCUUUAUAGUAUCAACAAUGUAGUCAGAGCUACAGAUAGCAGCGUAUUUGCAUAAAAUACCCCCCCAAAAAUAUUCAAAACCCAAUUAUUUUCAAUUAACUUGCAUACAGAAACGCAUGCAUUAAAUGAAUAACUCAAAUGUAUAAAAACAGCACGCGUAAAUACCCAAUGAAGCUUUUUCAGCAUGCGUACAAACGAGCUAAUUUCUGAAACACAAUCACAAUCUAAUUUAUUUUCCGAGUCGAGCCUAUAUAGUUAGAACAGUUAUUUACAUCUAAAACAUUAUUUCAAUUUUUGUAAAUCUUAAAAUGUUCACUAAUUUGGGGAAAAAGCCAAAACACUGAUGAAUAGAUGAGUGAGAAAAUAUUGGUUACCCAAUGAAAAAUUCAAUAAGCCAAUUAAAAUAGAAAUCCCAGAGUAAAAACUCAAUUGCUCCAAGGGUUACCAUGGUUACCUGGAGCUCUGUGUAGUUUACACUUACAGUCUGUAGUGAGUGAAAUGAAUGACUUUAUAAGCCAUGUUAUCAUGAUAAUGAAUUCCAGGAAGCUUCAUACUUUUCAUUCAACAAUUCUUGAAAAAAACCAGGGAUUACCUUUGCAGAAGCUAUGUGUUAUUUGAUGUUAAACAUUCAGUGUAAACUCCGAUCUAAUUAAAAUCAGAACUUUGAUGCAUGUCUCUGUUUCGAUCUGAACUGAGGUCAGUCUGGUGUGUUUUCUAAUUGACCAGUCAGUGUUUGACAGAUCUGGAAGAGACAGGCAUUGAAGCGAAGAAAAGAUCUGAUUUUAGUGAGAUUGAACAAUUGUAUGGGAUGUGGCAAUACUUAUUUUAGCAAAACAGCCACACAACACAAUGUACCCUCAAUGCUACUUUUGGAUAGCAGAGAGUACAAGAUCUGAUUUUAUAGAGAUUGAACAGUAUCUAGCUAAAGGCCUUCCCAAACAGUGAUGAAAUACAGGCAAUGAAAAUGGCACACCAGCAUCUUGUUAUUACAAGGAAAAUUCUAUUUAACAAUUGAUACUAAAAUUUGCUUACUUUUGACAUUACAGCACUCUAGCUAUUCACAUGACAACCUUGGUAAACACUCAGAAACGACUCUCUUGCUUGGUCAUUCAUUCAGACAUAGCACCUCCUGGAGCCAAUCUUGUCUGGAAACUAUUGUCUGUUGUAUGUGUUUAUUUAUUUCAUGGGAAAUGUAGAAGUAAUUCCUACGUCACUUCAAUCCGGGGAGUGCUAAGAAACUAGCCUGUUGUAGCACCCCAUGUUUACAUACCUGAGUAGUCUUUCAUUGCUUGAUAGGCAUCAAGAAGUUGGUAGGUCGUCAGACAUUCAGCUUUCAGGAUGGCAACGACAGGGCUUUCUAGUCCUAGCUUUUUGAUGGAUUCUACAGUAAAUCCAUUCAAUUUAAGGCAUUGUUUUGCCCCAAAAUUCUUCAAAACACAUGUAAUUUCAUUUACUAUUCUAAGUUAUAUACUUACAAGGCAUCUUCAGAAAUGUGUGGCAUGCAUCAACUAAAUCAAAUGUUAACAAAGACUCGGGUAAGGAUAUGAACCAUCUUGGUGUUACAAUUUUGAAAUUGUGAGUUUGAAUAUUGAUUAUUGCAAUUGUUCUUGUGUGUGAUUCUGCAGUAAUUCAGCCAUUAUUCUGUAUAAAAGUGUUGAUUUGUGGUCAUUGGGAGAAUUCUUCAUUAUUAGAGGAGUCCUCCAUGGACAGUUUGGGGGUAAGAGGAAGCCCUGAUAAAUAAUAACUACGGACUGGGUGAUACAAAGGUUCUGUCUUUGCAUGAAGACGACUGUGAUUGGCUGGAGCCAUGCAGUGGUAGAUUGUUGAAGACAUCAUUGUGAAAUAAUUAUUGGGAAAUCUGUUGAAGGUUGUGAUGUGACAAAACUAGAUAUUUUUCUGAUAUUUCAUUUUAAGAAUUAGAUCAUGCUAUUUUAGUACUAACAGCUUUAACAAGAUGGUAUAUAUUAUUGUGACAUUAAAAAUAAAUAACAUUUUUAUGCAAAUGUCAGGAAAUUGACAAAUCUGAAAAGGGCUGUCUAAGGGAUGUUCUUGAUGGAGAUCUUGUAUUCAUGGUGGCCGAAGUUUGUCUUCUUCACCAUUUGUCAGUCAGUCAUUAAAAUCACAUCUUUUCCUCCAUUCUGUGCCUCUCCAAGGAGGUCAAGUUAGACGAACCUUAUAAUCGGCUAAUCGCCAUGUUGCUAUGAGUGAUUCUUGAUAUGAGCGAGUGAAGCAUUCACAGCAGAGAACUUAAUUUGGGAAGCAAAUGUAGACGGGCAGUUCUGAAUGGAUAAUUAAUUAAUGACACAGAAACUGCAACUGACAAAUUGUAUUGGCAAAAUUGAGAAUGGAGUGAAGCUGAAUAGCUUUAGUAAGCUGAAAUCUGUGUAUCCUUUCUAAUGAUCGGGUCAUCAAGUUGACCCCUAUGGAGGUGUGACAAAUCGUAGUGAAAGUUCUGAUUUUGAUAAGAUUAUACCAUUCAUCAUCAUAAUCAGGAUAUAAAAGAUAUAGGGGGAAAAAACAUGUUAUAGCCUUAUUGCAUUUUCUUUGUUUUUUUAUUGAUUGCAAAAACGAGGACUUUUUGUCUGGCCUUAGAAAUCCAUGUUCCCAAUUUUGAAAUAUGACUUCCAUUUCGGGUUGAACAUAUUAAACUUCAAAUGUUUAAGUACUGUAUGCUAGUGAAUAUGUUUUCAUAUGAUCUGUCUUCAUACCAAACCUGAUUUGUGUUCCAGAAGUGACACGAAAGUUACUAAAUAAUCAACAUGUUACUGAAUUUUGGCAAGAUUUUUGAUUUUUAAAAAGUUUAUGUUUUUGUAAAAAGGUGUGACAUCAAUGUAGAUCAAUACUUUUAUCAUAUGAAUUCAUUUUGACAAAGAGGUAUGCUAAAAAGGUGCAGUGCUCACCCAAUGGUCUAAGUUCUCAUAACUCUCUAUGGUAGUUAUCUCCCUUCCCUGUCAGGAUGUGCUGGUUGCAACUGAUUAUAAUACUUCCCUUGACAUCAUCUGGCACAUGCUCGUGGGUUUGACCAGAGUGGUAAACAUCACAUUACCUGCACCAUCUCUGACAUUAAACUGAAAACCUUGAUAUCCCUGAAAUAGUGUUCAUAGCAGUGUAAAAUCAGAUGCUUAUUUGAUUUUAUUUCUCCAUUUUAUGUAAGGGCAUGUAUUGUUUAUGAAGAGGCUUAAGACAGGUUUUGGUUGCUACGUUUUGUUUUCAAACGAUAUUAGUCCAGAUUUUAUUUUUGCAGCUUGACAAGCAUAUUGUUAGGUUACUGACUCAUAUCAUGCCUUGGAGAUAUUCCAUUGUAUUAUUAGUGCUGUAGUAACUUAUGUGCAUAUUUAUUGUGAUUGUUGGUGGAAAGGUUUCCAUCUUGAAGGAGCAACUCUCAAAGUUCAACACAUCUGAUGGAUGUACAGAUGUUUUGUCAUUACAUCUGUUGUUAUUGUGUAUGUUUAUGACUAUGAUGCAGCUCUAUUUUAGAUGAUGGUUUGGAUGAGAUGUAGUGCUGAUUUGAUAAAUUGUAGAAGAUAUACUCCUGUAGAAGAGGUUUCUGUCUGCCUGGUAGUGCCUACCCUGACCAUUUAAGUUUAGUUCCAAAACACAACUCAAAAACUCUGAAUAUCUUCAUAUAAGUUUCACAAAUAUAGUGAAGUGCAUUGACAUUGACAUUGACAUUGACAUUGACAUUGACGAUGUCUAGGUGAGCUAAAACUGUGUUGAUGAGGGAUACGGAUCAACUAGUUCUUGUGUUAAUUAGAAGGCUGUUGAUCUGUUCAUGUGAUCAAUAUCAAAUAAGAUUCUGUUCUUAUGUAAGGCAAAGAAGAUUUACAUCUCCAUUUUCUUUUUAUUUCUUUUCUGAAGUGUUCAAAUCUUAAUUACUUGCAUUGACAAAGAUGUUCAAGAUGGUCAAUAUCUUCAUGUAUCUUUCCAAUGUACAUUCACCUGUUUUUUUGAGUGUAUUACACAGAUGUAUAGUCAUGAUAAUGAGGUAGUUGAGCAUCAUGGUAUAAAGACAUUUGACAUUGCUGUCAUCAGUGUAUAUUAUUACUUGAUCAUGUAUUGGUUACAUGUUUCUGUGUUGAUGGUGUAAAGAUCGCAGCUGAUGGUGUAAGGAUCGCAGCUGAUGGUGUAAGGAUCGCAGCUGAUGGUGUUAGGAUCGCAGUUGAUGGUGUAAGGAUCGCAACUGAUGGUGUUAGGAUCGCAGCUGAUGGUGUAAGGAUCGCAGAUGAUGGUGUUAGGAUCGCAGCUGAUGGUGUAAGGAUCGUGGCUGAUGGUGUAAGGAUCGUGGCUGAUGGUGUAAGGAUUGCGGCUGAUGGUGUAAGGAUCGUAGUUGAUGGUGUAAGGAUCGCAGCUGAUAGUGUAUGGAUCAUGUGUAAGGAUCGCAGCUGAUAGUGUAAGGAUCGCAGCUGAUUGUGUAAGGAUCGGGUGUAAGGAUCGCAGCUGAUAGUGUAAGGAUCGGGUGUAAGGAUCGCAGCUGAUGGUGUAAGGAUCGUGGCUGAUGGUGUAAGGAUUGCGGCUGAUGGUGUAAGGAUCGCAGUUGAUGGUGUAAGGAUCGCAGCUGAUGGUGUAAGGAUCGCAGCUGAUAGUGUAAGGAUCGGGUGUAAGGAUCGCAGCUGAUGGUGUAAGGAUCGUGGCUGAUGGUGUAAGGAUUGUGGCUGAUGGUGUAAGGAUUGCGGCUGAUGGUGUAAGGAUCGCAGUUGAUAGUGUAAGGAUUGCAGCUGAUGGUGUAAGGAUCGCAGCUGAUAGUGUAAGGAUCGCAGCUGAUGUGUAAGGAUCGCAGCUGAUGGUGUAAGGAUCGCAGCUGAUGGUGUAAGGAUCGCAGCUGAUGGUGUAAGGAUCGCAGCCAAAUACCUGAUGAAACGUACCUGGGCUCCAUAUAGGUUACAUUGAGAUGAUUCAUUUUUGUGUGUGUUUCAUCCCUGAAUGCAAUGCCUAGUGUAGGCCACAACUCAAUGUUUGUUAAGGAUGUCCGUGAGAGAGUGUGUAAAUAGGAUUUACUCGGGAAUACAGCUGCUAUGUGAUGUCGUAGUAGUCUUUGAUUUAAGUUAUCUGAUGAAAUGAGGCUGUUUAUAAUGCAUGGCGGGUCAAAUGAACCCUACCAUUGCCCAACGUUAAACCCAUGUGCUGAGCUGACUGCUGCAGGGCCAUGGCACAUGUUGCGCGCAUCAAACAGGAAACUUGCCAUUAGUGCGAUGUGUGCUGAGUGCUCGUUGGUCAGAGCUCCUGCUGGCAUCUCUCACUGGAGCCAGGCCUUUGUUUUGUCUGUUAAAAAUAGCAACAAUGUAGCGAAUGUAUGUAUUCACAGAUAAGGGAGGAGUGAGUUAAAAUUUAAUGCCGCAUUGGCAUUAUUUCAACAAUUUAGAAACAAGUGAUAAGGGAGGAACUUGUCUACAAGCCCGUGAAGUAUUUACUACAUGGGCCGCGGCAAUAAUCCUGCAAUGUCCUGGCAGAAAACCCCAAGAAUGGGCUUUACAUUAUAAUUCAUUGACGACUGUGAAUAACAAUGAGUGAAGACAUAGAUGAUGUUCAUAUUUCUUGAUAUUCUUCGCAGGAGUUGAGUAGUAUAGUUAUUCUGGAUGAGGAUUGGACAAAAUAUAUCUGAAAAUAUCGAGGAAUAUUUAUAUUUAUUGUUAAGAAUAAGAUGUUCCAAAAUAAUCAUUGACUUAAAUUAAUGGAAGGUCAUGGUCAUUUGGAGGAUGUUCAUAUUGUACAUUACUACAUUCUACAUUUGAUAUAUCACUUUGUAUCCCAUAGUUUGUACAGUGAAACUGAAUCUCAGAUAACUUAUGUAAUCAUAGGAAAAAAAUAAGGGAACAUAAUAUUGAAACUAUCAUUAAUUUCUGUAUUGUUAAUAACAAGCUCCCCUUUUGUAACAUACCUCCCUUAUAACAUGCCUUCAUUUGGCUUUAAAACUGUUCCUUUAUUUAUUUCUGGGAGUAUAUUUGUGUGAAAUGCAAUAUUCAUCAUCCAGUAGGUUUAUCUUGCUUUGUUGUUUAUGUGCUGCUGAACUGACUAUCCAAUCAUUGCACGUCAAGAUGCAUGCAAUAUUUUGUGCACAUCUUUUGAUUGGCUCAGAGGUAACAGCAACAAUCCCUGAAGAGUCUUCUGAUUGGCUGAGCAUAUUUAUGGAAGGUUUCCUAUCUAAAACUCAGGGACUCUCUCAUCAGUUUAGUGCUCAUUUAUUAUAGAAAAUAAAUUUGCAUAACCAUGCUACUGAAUGACCAUGCCACAUGCUACAUUUUGUAAAACUUCCUGCAAAUAAUGUUAUUAAUGAACUGUAAGAGUCACUUUGCGCCACAAGCAAUCUCACUGAAACCCGAUCUUUACUUGAUUUCUCUGCGUGAAGGUCUGAGGACACCUUCGUAGAAGGUUACUUGGGGUCAACCCUACGUGAACUUUGGCCACCCAAUCUAAAUGAAGGACGUGUGUGUUCUUGAGCAAAUCAGAUGUCGGCUUUCUCAAACAUUUUGGCUUCAUUUCUUUUCAACCUCGAGUCUGAAAUAAUAUUCUUAGCAAAAGAAAGCCUACACAGGGCACAUAUGUUCGUUUAAUGGUACUCCCUUGCGGCUGUAGCUGCCAUGAUGCUUAUAUACGACAGAGUGAGUACAGUAUCCCCAAUGAUACAAGGCGCAGCAUAUAUGGUUGUACAUUCAGGACAAACUGAUUGACUUCAUUUUUGAGAUACAGAAAUUAGACAUUCUGGUUUGAAUGCUUUACUUAUACUGAGAAUUUUGAAGCCUCAACACUGAUUGGCUGAUAGAGUUGGCCUGAUGUGACUUUGUAUGGAUGUGUUCUAAGAUGCUCACGCAGAGAGGUAUGAUACCUACCGGGGGUAUGUAACAGAUCAAUGAGAUUGGCCCAAAGCCUGGGGACUAUUGGUUAGUUUAGACAUUGUAAUUAGUGCCAGUGUCAAACUGGACCAUGUCUAUUAUUUGGGUAGUCAGUGACUGUUAAAUUUGUAUACGUUAUGAAAUGCGAAAUGUGAACAAAGAAAAUUGUGUUAGAUCAACCUGAAUAUGACUUGCUUGGGCUGCCAGUUGACAGGAAAGUACCCCCGGUAGUUUGUCUUAAGUCUCGAUCAUUAGAUUAAGACAUGUUAAAGUACGGUUUUCUUUGGAGAUGACAGCAUUUUUUUCACAAUUUCCGAUGAGAGUUCAUAGGUUCAUGUGGUUGUUUGACAUCACUACCUUGGGUGGUAUUAUGAUACAAAAUAGUUCAAAACAGUCAGAUGUUUAAUGUCAGUGUUUCCAACACUGAUGGUGCUUCAGCACUGGCAGAUCCAGAUGGGAUGUACGGGGGUUUGUUCUCCUGACAUCUUCAGCACUGGCAGAUCCAGAUGGGAUGUACGGGGGUUUGUUCUCCUGACAUCUUCAGCACUGGCAGAUCCAGAUGGGAUGUACGGGGGUUUGUUCUCCUGACAUCUUCAGCACUGGCAGAUCCAGAUGGGAUGUACAGGGGUUUGUUCUCCUGACAUCUUCAGCACUGGCAGAUCCAGAUGGGAUGUACAGGGGUUUGUUCUCCUGACAUCUUCAGCACUGGCAGAUCCAGAUGGGAUGUACAGGGGUUUGUUCUCCUGACAUCUUCAGCACUGGCAGAUCCAGAUGGGAUGUACGGGGGUUUGUUCUCCUGACAUCUUCAGCACUGGCAGAUCCAGAUGGGAUGUACGGGGGUUUGUUCUCCUGACAUCUUCAGCACUGGCAGAUCCAGAUGGGAUGUACAGGGGUUUGUUCUCCUGACAUCUUCAGCACUGGCAGAUCCAGAUGGGAUGUACGGGGGUUUGUUCUCCUGACAUCUUCACAUGACCACUGCACUUCAUGACUUGGUAUCAAGUGCAACGCCCCUUUUUCAAAAACUUGGUCCGCCUCUGCUUCUGAGAUGUCUCGGACUCUCUUACUCUGUCCUAUCAUCUAGUCAUCAUGAUGUCUCGAGGUAUGGUGCUGUAUGUCUGGGGAAAUAUAACUGCAAUGGAGGCUGGUUAAGAGAUAUGGUUAUCAAUUUUCAAUUUACACAUCUUCAUCAAACAUCAAGGUAUAAACAAUUCAGUAUUUAGACCCAAGUAUUGCUAAACUAUAUCUUGCCAUUAGUUAUCUUACUAAAGUAUUUAGUGCACAUAGUGUCUUAUGAUGGCUUUAGGGAGCUGUCAUUUAUUGGGUGAGGGGUGGUUAGGUAAUUCAGUGGUAAAGGCGUUCUCUCAUCAUGCCUGAAGAGUUUGAAUCCCUACACUGGUACCAUGUGGGAAGCCCAUUUUUAGUAGACUGCUGUGGUAUGGGUGGAGUAUUGGUAACAUAGGCAGAAAACCUCAUGGACUCAAACAACGUUUCUGUUCUUUGGUGUACAUGUAUAUUAACCAGGAUCCUGUUCCACAAAGCGAUGUUAGUGCCAAGUUAGGCUGGGACGAGUCCAAAUUUACUGCCUGGGUACCUGACCCCGUUACUCGACCUUACCCAGGUACCCGCUGUAGGUCUCAAACGUUGGGUACAAAAUGUCUGAUUGAGAAAUGGUUUUACCGGAGCACGGCAAAAACUAUUUAUAUGGUAAUAUAUAUCGUCGGAUUGUAGGUUUUCGGGCUUUUUGGAUGGCCAGGUUUAUUGCGAUUACUUGUGCUAUAAUGGGGGCGUGUAGCAUCACACAGACAUUGUAAAUACUCAGUCAGAUGGAGUGAGUGCAUGGUCAAAAAGAAAUGCGAACAUUAGUGAAUUGUAGUGAACCAUGGAGUUAUAGUGAAUUUUUGUCAUUAAACAAAAUAUCACGUGACUAACCAUGGGUCCUGGUAAUCCCUCCUCAGUACCCACCAGACCCAAGUACCAUAGUAAGCCGUCCCAGCCCUAGUGCCAAGAUGAUCAUAACUUCCAUACUUUCACACACUUACGGCAGUGUGGCGCUGUGAUCGCUUUGUGGAAUGGGCCCAAGUAAAAUAUGCCUUGGAGUGGUAAAUUCACAAGUUGUCAGUUUCUGUGUCCAGUACUAUGGUCACUGCUUCAGUUUGAUUAGGAAGGAGAAUUAUCACCCUUUUUUUUUUAUAAAUAAAUUGUUCCGUGCUAUUGAUUAUAUCACAUCAUCAGCUUCUUAUUUGUGUGUACUCAACUUCUGAAAUCUGAGGAUUGAUGGUAUAUUAAGUUGGCCUGUAAAUAAUCAAGUUAAUGUGUUUUGUAGCAUUUCCAGCUGAUUCGCUGCAACAAUAUUUUAUUUUGGGAUAUUCAAGUUUACGGAUUGUAUUGUGUGGCUUUGAAACAAACUGAAAUAAUUGUGGGUUUUUUUUCUUACAGGUUAUAGGGACAUGUAUGUUGUUGGUUUGUUUUAAACAAGACUUUCAUUUUAGAAUAAAAAAAUAGCAUGUGAUCUAAAAGGAAUAUGUGUUUUGCACUAUAAAAAUAAUGAAUAUUUUUUUUCAUGUUACAGAAAACUGCUGUAAUGUGCAGCAAUCACACAAUGUGUGAUGUCUUUAUUUGAAUGAGUGCCUACUUGUGGAACUUUAAUGUCCUUUUUUUUGUUUUAGCUCACUUACUAAAAGUCGAGUGAGCUUAUGUUGUGGCCUGUUUGUCUGGCAUACAGCAAAAACAUGUUCUCAGAACCCACUGAAGGUGAACUACACAUGCUUGUUCCACCAAUGAUAACACCCUAAUUUGCUCAAAAGGUGUGAAUCAAAUUUUCAAUAUGGCUGCCAUGUUUUUGGGCCUUUAUUCAGCUAUUUGUUUCCAAAAUGGAAAAGAAGUUGGUACAUGAUGGGGCACAACAUAUAUGUUCCUUUUUAACGAUACUUUAAGUGUUGACCAUGAUCGUGAUUAUUUGAACUUUGCACUUUGAUAAAGUGAAAGCUGAAAUUUCCUUUUGUUACUGAGUAAUGUUUGUUCAAAAUGUGAUAAAAUUUGGAAUAUGUGUAGUUAGUACUUGGGCUCAACAAAUAGGAUAUGUUUUUCAAGAUAUUUUAUAUUUUGACAACCAUAUUGAAAACUUUAUUGAAGGCAUAUUUGGCACAGUACAUUCUUCACCUGUGAGACUGCCAGCAUGGGGGAACUUAUCUUACUUAUUUUUCUCCUUAUGUUGACAUCAUAUUUUGUUUUAAGUUGUGAGAUUUUAUUGCUAAGCAUCAGUGACAAGAAUGAUGUUUGAUGCAUGUCCCUAUUUUGGCUUGUACCAUAUGUUCCAAUGGUUCCACUAUUUGACAGAGAUUCAUAAACACAUGCUCAUGAUAAAGUCAGAAACGUGCAAUUGACUCUGCUUUUGGCAGAGAUUUCUUAUGAGUAUGGAAAGGGUUUUGUCGCUUUUAUUUGGUCCUAAGUAUUAAUGCAGAACCUUUUGGAAUAUCAGUGCUGACAGAAACAUUUUUAAGUGUCUUUUUUUAGCUGUUCACAACAUAUUCAGGUGAGUUUGCAUCACAAUAUAAGGGCAAUAAUAUUGAACAUGAUGUUAAGUCCAUUUCACCUCACCUUGAGGUGAGCUGCAGUACCUUGGCACUGGUUGUGAACAAUGGUGUUUGGAUUGACAGAUUUGUUAAUAUCACACAGGAGACUAAAUCAUAAGGGCAGGUAAACCACUCAUUCUGCAGGAAAAUCUAUCAUUUACUUUGGACAAAGGCAGUGUUGAAUAUAACCGCUUGCCCGGCAGUCCAAGACAGUCUAUUUUGCUAAGGGAUGGUCAGAUUUGAAAAGUUGCACGCCCGCGGGUCGGGAGUUAUAGUUUCUAAGUGGACAAUCCACAGGUUUAUUACUUUCUGAGAACUAAUAUUAAGCAGUACUAUUCUCAUGUCACUUUUUUGUUACAUUUUAUCUGGUCUGGUAACAUUGCAAUAUUGCCAGACUGGUCGGACUGAAAUUUUGGGGAAUUUUAUACGCUGACAAAGGGACCUAUCUUGCAAUAUUAAGUUUAUUCUGCCAAGGAAUGUGCUCAAAUGUGUCACCAUUUUGUCUUGUUGUUAUGCCUGUCGUGUAUAUUAGAAUAUUGUAGAAAAUGUAUAUACUGAACCUAUGAUCACUAUCACUUUCAUCCACUGUUAUUGAAAAUAGUAUAUUCUGUAUUUGUUUUAUCAUACAGAGCAGAUUGAAUAAUGUAAUCAUUAAAUGCUGAAGAAAUUGU